AGAGUGGCAGUGCGAGGUUCUACCUCUACAUAGCCAUAACCAUUGCUUUGUGCGUGGUGAGUAGAUUGCCAUGUGAAGUCACCAGUAACCAGCCUGAAUACUCCACCGUUCCAGCAAACGAGGUCUUGAUAGGCUGGAGGAUCGAGAGUUUUCAGUGGAUUUGGAGUGUCGCGAAGAGAGGAAAACAAGGACGUAUCCCGCAGUUGCAGAGGUGUGGUUUGGCGAGGGCAUGGAGCACCCUGUGAACAGAGGGGAGACGAUGUCCAUGGGACUGCACGACAGGUACUGUGCAAUCCACCAACACUCCUUUGUGGUUUGGACGACCCACUCUCUCCUCGCUGCCUCCCCGGCUUACCACCUGACGGGAUCCCUCGUGGAGGACGACGAUCCUCACAUGAAAGUGUCGCUAGGGUGUGGUGACAUGGGCGUCUCUGCCCACCUGCAGGCCUCCAAGACCGGAAACACCCGCUUCUUCACAAGCAACACCCACAGCUCAGUGGUCCUGCAGGGAUUUGACCAGCUGAGGAUAGAGGGAUUACUAUGUGACGUCACCCUGGUGGCGGGGGACGGUGACGAGGCCUUCCCUGUCCACCGCGCCAUGAUGGCGUCCUCCAGCGACUACUUCAAAGCCAUGUUCACAGGUGGAAUGAAAGAACAGGAUUUAAUGUGCAUCAAGCUGCACGGCGUGAACCGAAUAGGUUUGAAGAAGAUCAUCGACUUCAUCUACACGGCCAAGCUUUCCCUCAACAUGGAGAACCUGCAGGACACUCUGGAGGCAGCCAGCUUCCUGCAGAUCCUCCCCGUGCUCGACUUCUGCAAGGUCUUCCUCAUAUCCGGGGUGUCUCUGGAUAACUGCGUGGAGGUGGGGCGCAUCGCCAACACGUACAACCUCACCGAGGUGGACAAAUACGUCAACAACUUCAUCCUCAAGAACUUCCCCUCGCUGCUGGGCACGGGGGAGUUCGUCAAGCUGCCCUUCGAGCGGCUGGCCUUCGUCCUGUCCAGCAACAGCCUGAAGCACUGCAGCGAGCUGGACCUGUUCAAGGCGGCGUGCCGCUGGCUGCGCUACGAGGACGGCCGCAUGGACCACGCCCCCAAGCUCAUGAAGAACAUCCGCUUCCCCCUCAUGAACCCGCAGGAGCUCAUCAACCACGUGCAGACGGUGGACUUCAUGCGCACGGACAACACCUGCGUCAACCUCCUGCUGGAGGCCAGCAACUACCAGAUGAUGCCCUACAUGCAGCCCGUCAUGCAGUCGGAGCGCACGGCCAUCCGCUCGGACAGCGCCCACCUGGUCACGCUGGGCGGCGUGCUGCGCCAGCAGCUUGUGGUCAGCAAGGAGCUGCGGCUGUUCGACGAGAAGGCGCACGAGUGGAAGGCGCUGGCGCCGAUGGACGCGCCGCGCUACCAGCACGGCAUCGCCGUCAUCGGGAACUUCCUGUACGUGGUGGGCGGCCAGAGCAACUACGACACCAAAGGCAAGACGGCAGUGGACACGGUGUUCCGGUACGACCCGCGCUACAACAAGUGGAUGCAGGUGGCGUGCCUCAACGAGAAGCGCACCUUCUUCCACCUCAGCGCGCUCAAGGGGCACCUGUACGCCGUGGGAGGGCGCAACGCGGCCGGGGAGCUAGCCACUGUGGAGUGCUACAACCCCAGGACAAACGAGUGGACGUACGUGGCCAAGAUGAACGAGCCACAUUACGGCCGCGGGACGGUCUACGGAGGCUACAUGUAUAUUUCAGGUGGAAUCACUCACGACACUUUCCAGAGGAGGCUGAUGUGUUUCGACCCGGACGCAGACAAAUGGACUCAGAAGGCGCCCAUGACGACGGUGCGCGGCCUGCACUGCAUGUGCACGGUCGGCACCCGCCUCUACGUCAUCGGGGGCAACCACUUCCGCGGCACGAGCGACUACGACGACGUGCUGAGCUGCGAGUACUACUCGCCCGCCCUGGACCUGUGGACGCCCAUCGCCGCCAUGCUGCGGGGCCAGAGCGACGUGGGGUGGGCCGUGUUUGAGAACAAGAUCUACGUGGUGGGCGGCUACUCGUGGAACAACCGCUGCAUGGUGGAGAUCGUUCAGAAGUACGACCCCGAGAAGGACGAGUGGCACAAAGUGUUCGACCUCCCCGAGUCGCUGGGCGGGAUCCGAGCCUGCACCCUCACAGUGUUCCCCCCGAGGACCCUCACGGGCUCGCCCUCCAGAGAGUCCGGCCCCCUCUCAGCACCUUGAGGAUCGAGGGGGGCGGGGGGGCGGGGCAGGGGGCCACCCUGCUUACACCCCCCACAGGACCCCCCCCCCCCCCCCCCACACACACUAUAGACAUUUGUUUGCACUUCCCUUUUGGACUAAAUCUGUACUGCAUUCCCGAA